AUGUUUAAUCAUAUUUUUGUUUACAAAAAGAAUGUACUCGAUUUUAAAACAAAAGUAGCAGUGCAACUGAAACAUAAUCGUAGUGGUGUCUGUAGUAAUCGUGGUAGUGUCUGUAGUGAUCGUGGUAGUGUCUGUAGUGAUCGUGGUAGUGUCUGUAGUGGUCGUAGUCGUGGUAGUGUCUGUAGUGGUCGUAGUCGUGGUAGUAUCUGUAGUAGUCGUGGUAGUGUCUGUAGUAGUCGUGGUAGUGUCUGUAGUGGUCGUAGUCGUGGUAGUAUCUGUAGUAGUCGUGGUAGUGUCUGUAGUGGUCGUAGUCGUGUCUGUUGUAGUAGUCGUUGUAGUUGUCGAAGUGGUCGUCGUAGUGGUCUUAGUUGUCGUCGUGGCAGUCGUUUUAGUCGUUGUAGUGGUAGUCGUUUUAGUCGUUGUAGUGGUCGUCGUCGUGGUAGUUGUUGUAGUCGUCGUCGUGGUAGUUGUUGUGGUCGUCGUGGUGGUCGUCGUUGUAGUCGUCGUGGUUGCUGUAGUACUAGUAGAUGUAGUUGUCGUAGUAGUCGAUGUUUUUGUCACUAG